AUGCAGGUACGCCAUAGUCUGCGAGGGUAUUGGAUUUCUCCCUCAGCCCCCUUUGCGACGGGCCAUGAAAAAAAAACGUGGGAAGUGGGUUUGGGGACCGUGCUGACCAUUUUUUCACCAAUUCAUCCAUGUGAGCUGGAACUGCCGAGAUUGGCUGGUUAUGCGAACGACCAGUCCUGCAGGGGACGUAGAAUGAAUCUCGUCCAGAACGCGUCGAUAAGGCUGAGGUUCCAAAUUGUUGGGACGGGCACACAUGUUUGGCACAUGUCGUGUCGAGUGAGGGCUUCUUUCUUGUCCGACACCCUUGCUGUUCCUGACUGUCAUGUUGAUGUCUUGGGCUAUUUGUGGAUGUUGGGGAGUGUGUGGUGCAGUAAGCUGAUUUGA